GAAUCUCCUCCCUCCUCCCGUUCCCAUGCAGCCUCCGAUCGGCCACCGCCAGCCCUACCCCCGGCAACGCAGCUUCCUCCCCGCCGCCACCGCCGGCGCUGCUGCCCCUCCGCCCAAUUACGGCCGGAUCCCCCCCAACCACAGCUUCUCCGCCACCUUCAAUCCCCAGAGAAAUCAGCAGCAGGCUCCGCCUCCUCGGCAGCCUUAUCAGCCGCAGCAGCAGCAGCAGCAGUACCCCUACGGCCCCCCCUUUCCUCCGGCGCCGCCGCUGCCAUCCUCCUCGUACCCUCCGCCGCCGCCUCCUCAGCCGCAGCCCUCUAUGUAUUACCCUUCCUCUCAGUACACUUCUCAGUAUAAUCCUCCAGCCCAGCCGCCCCCUCUUCCCCCUCCGCCGCCAUCCUCUCCUCCCCCGGAUCCUUCCCCUCCCCCCCCGCCACCUCCCCCCGUCCCCCCUCCAUCCGUCCCACCCCCUCCCCCUCCUCCUUCCUCUCACUCGACCCAAUCCAUGCCCGCUAAAGAGGCCCCUCAUCCCGGGCGUCAGCCGAAGCCCUCCAUCCCACUCAAACAGCAGAAGCCCCCUUUGGGGUCCUCGGUGGCAGCACUUCCAGCAGGGAGGGAUGCGGCCCAGCCGGGGGCCCCAAAUGGGUCCUCUGGCAGGGUGGAGACGGAGGAGGAAAGGAGGGAGAGGGAGAGGAAGAGGAAGGAGUAUGAGAAGCAGAAGAUGGAUAACAAGCGGCAGCAUAUGCUGAAGCACUCACAGGCCACCGUGCUGCAGAAGACGCAAAUGCUGGCAUCGGGCAAUGCAAGGCCGCAUGGCUCGAUGGCAGGGUCGCGCAUUGCAGAGCGCCGGACAACCCUGUUCUUGGGUGGGGAGAGGAUUGAAAAUCGGCUGAAGAAGCCGACUACAUUCCUCUGCAAGAUGAAGUUUAGGAAUGAGUUGCCAGAUCCAACUGGACAACCGAAGUUAUUAGCUGUGAAUACUGAUAAAGACAGAUAUACCAAAUAUACGAUCACAUCAUUAGAAAAAAUGCACAAGCCCAGACUCUAUGUUGAGCAAGAUCUUGGGAUACCUCUUGACCUACUUGAUAUUAGUGUAUACAAUCCUCCCGGUGUACGCCCUCCCCUUGCAUCAGAAGAUCAAGAGUUAUUGCGUGAUGAUGGGGUAGCAACACCUAUCAAACAAGAAGGUAUAAAGAAGAAAGACCGGCCUACAGAUAAAGGUGUUUCGUGGUUGGUCAAGACUCAAUACAUUUCUCCACUGAGCACAGAUUCGACUAAACUUUCUUUAACUGAAAAGCAAGCCAAGGAAAUGCGGGAAAACAGAGAAGGAAGGAAUGCUUUCUUGGAGAAUCUUAACAACAGGGAAAAGCAAAUACAGGCCAUUGAAGAAUCUUUCAAGGCAGCCCAGUUAUCUCCUAUCCAUCAAACUAAUCCUAAAUUACAGGCUGUGGAGAUUCUGCCUUUGUUACCUGAUUUUGAUCGGUAUGACGAUCGGUUUGUUAUGCUAACCUUUGAUGGAGAUCCAACAGCUGAUGCAGAGCAAUACAACAAGUUAGACAGAUCUAUUUGUGAUGAGCAUGAAUCACAGGCUAUAGUGAAGAGUUUUGUAGUAAAUGGUUCAGAUCCUACAAGACCAGAGAAGUUUUUGGCAUACAUGGUUCCUGCACCUGAUGAGCUGUCAAAGGAUAUGUACGAUGAAAAUGAAGAAAUAUCAUACUCCUGGGUUAGAGAGUAUCAUUGGGAUGUAAGGGGUGAUGAUGCUCAUGACCCGGCAACUUACGUCGUUACUUUUGACAACAAAACUGCACGAUAUUUGCCUCUACCCACAAGGCUUGUUUUACAAAAGAAGAGGGCAAAAGAAGGAAGGUUUGGAGAUGAGAUUGAGCAUUUCCCUGUGCCCUCAAGGGUGACUGUGAGGAGGAGAUCAGCUGUUGCUAUUGGAGAAUUGAAGGAAUCUGGAGAAAUAUCUGUGAAAAAAGAUCAGAUAGAUAUUAUGAGUUCAAAGCGAGGAAGGUUUUCAAGGGAUGAUGACUUUGAAAGACAGCAUCAACUUGCACAAAUGGAUGAUGUGGAUCAGUUCAGCGGGGAGGAAGACAUGUCUGAUUAGUUACUAGCAACGAACCAUCUCAUGUAAAGAAUAUUUAUAUGUCAAGAGAUGCAUGGUAAUGGACUAUUGUUAAUCCAGGCGGAGAUACAGAGGCACAUCCAACCACCAUAGAUGUUAGCUGAGGUGGUAGUGUUUCUCCAUAUGUUUGUUCCAAUUAUCAGGCAUGUGCUUACAAGUGAUGGUUGGCCUUUUUGGUAAUAAAUGAAACUUGAUUUAAAAUGUUGCAGGUAUUUGCAAUUGUAUCGCUACAUGUUGAAUUUAUUCGUCAUGAUAGGUCCUAUUCUUUUUUCACUUGGUUUCAUGUAAAUGGAAUGAACUUUUAGAGCCCUUUAGGUGUUUUUUUCUUAAUCACCAGCUGGUCCUCGCAUGGAGAAUCUCCUUCAAUUUUUACAGAAUUCUUUACCUUUAAUGAGUUAAGGUCUACCUACUACUGUUAAUUACCAUGUCUGUGAAUCUGUUCCGCCACCACAUUUGCUACCCAGAUACUGCUUAAGGAGUAGGAAUUCUAAUAUAGGUAAACAUUUCUUAAUGUAAAAGGCAAUAAGUUCUCUUUUUUUAAAGAAAAUAAUGAAAUGCUGUUUAAUUGGCAAAUAAAUCUAUUUGACUCAAGAUACCAAUGAAUAGUUUUCUAGUUGUUCAACUUCUCCAAGGGAUAGUGAAUUAGUUGUUUAAUGUGUAAAGCCCUGAAAAAAAUGAUUCUGUUAUUCUCAUAAUAUAUCAUAUUUAAUGUCAAUGAUUUUUUUUUUAAUAACAAUUGUUAGUUAAUGAGUUAUUAUUUUUCCUUAAAGCUUUUUAAUUAAUGGUAGCAAUUUAUGGCUACUGAUACUUUUUAAAUUAGCUGGCCAGAUGAGUGAAACAAUUAGUUGGGGGAUUGUUUUUCCUGACCCUACCGAGAAUUAGAAUUUUAGUUGGGAGAAUCCUUUCAUGUUAUUUUGCUCUCCCAUUUCAUAGCUUCCCUUGAGUUUUGCAGCCCCUUCAGCUUGUGAUUGCACAGGGUGGCAUUUCAUGCAGUUAUCUGAAGAAUGCAUGGUGACAGGGUGCUGUUCUAUAUGAUACCUUCUAGAGCAAUGGAACUUGCUAUGGGUGCAUAUUGUUAACCAGGCAUCUAGAUAUGUGUUAAAGAAGGUCCAACCCCAUAAGCACUACUAUGCUACUGUCUCAGUUAUCUUGUGAUGUCUUAAUGUUUAUUUUCUUGUGUAGAAAACUAAGCAGGAGUCUUAACUCAGGUGGACUUACCAUUCAUUUUUUUAAAAUGAUACUUCUAUCCAUUUACCAUUUCUGUUUCAAUUAGAUUCCACAAGCACUGCAGAAAAAGCCAAAAAAAAAAAAAAUCUUGAAGGAGCACUGUUAUUGCAGUUCCUCGCUGAAGGUUUUGCCUCUUUCAGGUGAAACACUCUUAAGAUGCAGAGCCAAGAACUGUUCUUUUUCAAUCUACCAGGCACUUGAUUGGUGUUACGGAUAACUCAUGUGGUCCUAAAUUCCUCAGCAUCAGAUGUCAGUAGUAAGUACAGUUGUGGUGGUUGAAUUUUCCCGUCUUCAACUGUAUCCUCUGUAUAUGACGAUUUUCUAGUUAUCUAUUGUUUCUUUUCUCUGUCUUUUUUGUUUUAUUACAAAAUAAUCACUUAUUUCAAAAACAAACAAAUUCUUUACAUUUUGUAACAUUAGAUGCGAGUAGUUCUUGGCUGUCUUGGUCUUUAAUGUGUUGUGUUUUGUGACAUUAGAUGCAGGUAACCCUUGUGUGUCUUGGAUUAAAGUGGCACAGGUGCAAGUCUUGGCAAUCCCUUUUAAAAGAUUAUGUUAGAGAUGAUGUUUAUACUUAUGGUUACCAACAAUUUUUGAUUCCUGUGCAAAUCAUUUAAAUGUGGCCGUAGGCCUUCUUGUUUAGGUUUUUCAUUGUACACCUGUGUUAAUUAUCCUAUAUGCUAACAUGUUAGAUGUUUCUUAAACUUAAUGGGCAUUGCUAACAAGUUGCUUUAACAUGUAGUAUAGCCAUAAUUUUGGAUAAAAAUUGUUAUCCUUACCUUUCAUGAACUUGGAAAGGUGAAAGAUUUCCUACUCUCAUCGGAUUAUAUUCAAUGUAUAUUAAUUUGAAAAUACUUUUGCACUUGUCCGUAUGGAGAAACUGGACAAGAAUUCUUCAGAUAAAUGAGUGAAAGAUGUUAUAUUGAAGAUGAUAAUGAGGUUGGUUGGCUCAACAUGUGAACAUAAUGUGGUAGUUAUCAGCAACAAUAUAUUUAAAUGGUCAACUAUUCUUGGUGAAGUCUUUCAUCAUAGAAAUGCAUUCUUCAUUACUUUUAUGUUGAAGAGGCUUGUCUGUAUGUCAAGCAUGAACUCUUGAUUCAUGGUUAAGAUGUGAUAUGUGAUUGACUAAAAACCAAGGUUUUUCAGUACCAAACAUCAUAUUGGCAGUCCAUUGGUACACUCCUUACCAAGUGUCGGUAUAGUACAUACCUAAGUACUAGCACUCAGUAUGGUGGGAGUAUGGAGUCUCGGUACCCUAUCCAUAUUGUACACCAUGUGCAUGGCGGUAUAGUCUGCACCUCAAAAGUGUCAUAUCUACAAGCAAGUUUGUCAACUUUUGAUCUAUUAGCGUCAUGUUGUAUCACAUAUGUUCAGUGGAUUAGGCAAUUACAUUUUCAAGCAAGACAACAAGGUAGAUAGGAUUUUGAAAUUUUCAUUCUUUUGAUAUAUAUGUUUUUGUGUAUCAACUUGAAUGCUAAUGUUAAUGAAGGGUUGAGAGGUUUAAAACAAGUUUUAAAGUUUUGCACAUACACACAGCACAUGCACAUGUACACGACAUUAUAUUGCAUAUGAUAAGCAGACUAGACAGUUACAUUUUCAAGCAGCUCAACAAGGUAGAUAAGAUUUUGAACUUUUCAUUUUGUUGAAUGUUUAUCCAUAAUGGUUUGAAAGGUAACGAAUGAUUGCUAGGUUCCAAAUGAGUUGUAAAGUUCCGCACACGUAUAAUAUAUUCAACCUGUUGGUGAUUUCUUUAGUUUUUUUGGAUUAUUCAUCAAGUUUCCCUAAACCUCGCACAGCUCAAUGAAAACUCAUGCUUGUAUAAGCUUUAUGCAAUUUUUGCACAUGAUAUACCGUUUUCAUGAUAAUGAAUUAUUCUGGAACAUUGCUAUUAUUUAUCAUUGGGAUGUUCUUAAUGAUAUCAAUAAUUUUCAAUUUGUUAAUGUUUUCCUAAUUGUCAAACAUAUUACCAUGUCUCUGACAGGCAAAAAACUAUCUUCACUAUCCUACUUUCUGUAGCAUGACUAAACUGUCCUCUUCAAUCUAAUCGUUAAAUUUUAGAGCUCUUUUAACCUCUGAAUGAUCCAAUGAUCCAAUUCAGAGGAGAGAGUUGAAUGAUUUUUAUAAGAAUGAAGAGGCAAAUGUUCUGUCGAGUCUGUGAACAGUAAAUGGGCUAAUUCUUGAACUGGGUAACCUAGUCUGAACAGGGGAAAAAGAAAAACCUGCAAGGGCAAGGGAGAAAACUGAAAUUACAUUGAAAAUUCAUUUAUUUUUGAGUCUUUAUAUAUGAUCUUACCAGUAUGUACCUGGAUUAUGACAACUUGAAUCUUAGGAAACUAGACAUGUCCAAAUGAUCAUUUAAUUAAAGUUAUCCUAAGCUUUAAACUGAGCAUAUGACUAAAGAAAUUAUAGCAAUAUAAUGAUAUCCCUUGCCCUAUCACAACACUUUCCAGUCAUCAUAACUUGAUCUUGACACUGUUGGUUUCUCUAACACAUGAAUACAUGUCUUCUUGUUGGUUGAAUCUCCACCUGUAAUUGUUGGAAUGCUAUGUCUGUACUUAAAUCUGAAAAUAAAUGCAUUAAUGAAAAUCAAAGAUUAAACUUACAGGCAUUUGAGUCUAAUCAUAGUAGUUGGGUUUCCUAAUGCGGAACUCAUCUUUAAUCUAGCAUAGUUUCAUGUUUCUAUACUCAAUUGCAAGGUUAUAAAUCCUGUGGGACAGGAUUGUUCUGGUUUUCCCAUAAAAUGGGAUGCACUGCCAUCCUGUCGCGUCCCGACACUUGGGAUAGAGAAUGUCUCAAGACGUCCUGAUCGGGAUGCUGGGAUGCUAUCGGGACGGUCCUGUCCCGACACAUGGGAUGGUACCCCGUUUCAGUAUCCCACGGGACGUCUCGUUGGGACCUGAAUCCAUGCUCAAUCGAAAUGUGUCUAGUGACCUCUUAGGUUGUGAUUGAAGAAUACUGCUCCAUUGUUUGGUUGUGGAUGCAUCCUAUCAUGAAGAUGAGCAUUUCUGUUGGAACCUUGAGUCAUGGAUAAUUGAUCAUGGAACUUGAUCACCAUUAUCUUCACAUCAAUGACCAGAUUCAAUGGUAUUUUCUUUUGCGCAUCAUUGUCAUUAAAUCCUCAGCAUGUAAUGAUUGAGUAUGAUGGUUGAUGCGCUGUUGAUGAAUAAUUAAACACAUCAUUCUUGAACCUCAGAUCUUUGACCACUAGAUUUUUGUAUGGUUGAUCUUCAAUAAUAUCAUCCGUUCUGUAUCCCCUGUAUAUGUGAAAGCCAGCAAUUUCUUGAAUUGCAUCAUUAGAUCAUCUGUCUGCUUCACCAAGCUGGUGAUAUUAUGAUCGACAUGGUCCAACCGUUCAUUGUGUUGUUGAAGCUUUUCAUCAUGUCUUGCAUCUGUACUCUGUCAGCAUGCUAAUGAAGAAUAUGAUCUGAUUCUCACAUUAUUGAUCUUCUAAAUCUGAUAUGAUUUCAUUGUGUUAGAUUUGAUAACCAGAUUCACAAUGGCGAGAUCUAUUUUUUUGCAAUCAGGGUUGAGUAUAAAGAAAGGGGAAAUGUUGAAUCAAUUUCAUGAUCAAAUUGAACUUUCAAUCAUUUUCGAUCUCUCAAAGAAUGAUCUUACUGUUGCAUAUAAAUGCGUGAUAAAUUGAACCAUGAGGAUCAGAAUCUUAAUUCGAAUUAUUGAUUUAACUAACCUAAUUGUAGCCUUUAAACUAAUUUUAUAUCUAAAGAAAACAGUAAAGGCAUUUAUUCCCCUGAUUCUGUUAGAACACUAGCACAUCAUCAGAACUUGGUGCUAACAUAAUUUUUGUUGCUUAUAACUCAUCUGACAAGGCAUUUAGUUCAGUCAUCUGAAACUAUAUACAGCGUGAGCUAAAAUAAUUGAUUUGAUGUCAAAAGGCAGUCUUCUUUUUUUAAAAAAAAUAGAAUAGAGGAAUUUGACAUCAAUUUCAUUGUGUGAAGCUGACGGAAUGUCAAUGCAUCUCCUAAGGAGUCAAACUUAUGAACCACAAUGUCAAACUUUAGGAUGAAAUAGUGGGAAGGUGUUGUUAGGAAUUCUGCUUAAUUACAAAAUUUGGUCAAUGAAAAAAAUAAUUACUUUGAGCAUGCACAUCAUUCAUACUUCAUAGACUAUCUUCACUAAAAGAUGAAUUGAGUGAAUCACUAUAGUAGUUCAAGGGGCAGGGUCCUUUUCUUAAAUAAAUAUAAAUCAAAUGUUGGAUUUUACUUGCACUAAUAUUUUGCACUUGCAACGCAUGUGUGAGAGAUUUGAAACAGAUAGCCUCAUGACUCUUGGCUCUUAAAGUAGGGAAAAAAAAGGGUUGCAGGAGUCCAAAGGGGGUUGAGUCGAACUCAGGGGGUGGAGAGACACCCUGGAAUUUGCGUUAUAAUGAUAGAGAUAGUAAUAUUCUUGAGUUGCAUUUGCAUAAAUUACCUUGCCUAUAAAAGGGUAGUUAUAUGAAUAAAUUAGCAUAACAAAGUAACUGAUGCAUAGACAAUUAUCUAUUACUUAAUAUCUUGCAUGAGUGAUAUGGAUUACAACAGCAUACAUCUGGCAGUAUUCACUGCAACCUUUAUUUUGAAGUUUAAAAACAAGGAGAUCUGAUAGCUUGUUAAUCAAAUUUGAGGUCUUUUAAUUUUUAAUUUUUGUAGUAAACAUUUUUAUUCACUCUUAAACAGGAUAUAUCAGAACCAUACAAAGUUAGGUGUUGUCUGUGCCACUGGUACAAUUUCACACGGUUCAUGGUUCACUCUUAAACAGGGUAUAUCAGACAACCAUACAGAGGUGAGGUGGUCUGUUAUUUACAGUUUUGCAUGGUAUACAAUCGCUCUCCACCACGAUGAUUAAGGCUUGAUUAGCAAGCCAAUUGAAGUGUUAUGUUGCAGUCUAUUGGGAUUUGUGUCACUCUUGGGAUCUAGCAUCUGAAAACAUCUUAUACUAAUUGUUCAUUGAAGCUUUAUGCAAGCAAUAUAUGUAUCACCUACAUGAUUGGCUUUUAUAAGCUCGAUUUGCUUAAAUGGUUUUUAUGUCCCAACUUUAGGGCUUUGAUAUGUCUAUAGUUUUCUAAGCCAGCUUAGUGUUAUUGUUAUAUAUGAUGAUAUGAUGGAACUUAUACAGAAAUGUGGUGCUUGCUUAAUAUUUAGAGCCAAAUAAUCACAUUUGAUGAGAUAAUUGUGGAAGAAUCCUUCUGAGAACUGUUUGUUUUCAUAAAUGUGCAGGGUAUCAUGAUGCAAUGACUGGAGGUCAGUGGUCUAGUGGUGGACUUGCCACUAUCAAACCCAGAUUCCAGAAACAUCAGACCUGGAAGCCUGGGAUAACUAAGGCAGCGAUAUUUUUCAGAGAUAGGACAGAUAUGCUUUUCUCUGCAAAAUUUGUUGAAUAAGAGAUUCACGUUACCAUAGGAGGGACUAUUUAUAUCACAGUGCAUUUACUAUGUUAUUCGCUCUUGUGGUUCGAAUUGAAAUUACAUUAAUACAUAAUUGUUAACUACUGACUAUAUGAUUAUUUUUCAUUUUUGUAGAUAAAAUAUCUUUGGUUUUAUUGA